UCAGAAUCAAAACUCAUUUUUAAAAGGGAAAUUAUUUAUAAGAAAGAAUCGACCGCUAGUGUCGCUGUGUAUACGAAUUGGCAUUACGCGUUGGUGCGCCCGUGAGUGUGCUAAAAUUGUUACAACGCUCGAAAUGGCGUGCCCGUGAAUGGGGGGCUUAAUGUUAAUACACUGGUGUUUCAAAAAUUGGCGCGAGUUUAAGGUCAUAAAAAUUGUAAAAAAAAUAUAAGUACUUUAAUCUAUAAAGUUUAAAUUGUAAUAAUUAAAAAUAUGGGAGAACUAAUAUAAUAAUAGAUUUAAUAAAAGUGUAAAUCAUGGUUCAAAAUAUACAAGAGAUGAAAUCGAAAAUCACAAUAAGCCAAAGUGCCCUCGCCGGAGGAAUCGCCGGUGCCGUUACGAGGCUAAUAGCUCAACCUCUAGAUGUGUUGAAAAUAAGAUUUCAAUUGCAACUAGAACCCAUAAAAUCUGGCUCCAAAUAUAGUUCAAUUACACAAGCUGUGGUCUCCAUCAUUAAGGAGGAAGGAAUUACAACAUUAUGGAGUGGGCACAUACCAGCACAGCUAUUGUCAAUUUCGUUUGGUAUAGUACAAUUUUCACUUUAUGAGAAAAUGACCCAAUUAUGUCAAACCAGUGAUCAAUAUUUUUACAAUACACAUAAACAUUAUUUGAAUUUUUCGAAUGGUGCCAUUGCUGCUACGGCUGCUACAAUUAUAUCUUUUCCGUUUGAUACUGUUAGAACCAGGCUCAUAGCAGAACAGAAAACGAAUAGGGCAUAUUCUGGUUUUAUUGAUGCAUUUUCUUCAAUGGUUAAGUGUGAAGGGCCUGCUGCAUUAUUCAAAGGACUAGUACCAACAGUUGCCCAAAUUGCACCACAUGCUGGAAUACAAUUUGCUGUGUAUAAAUUAUUUACAGAAAACAUAUUUCUUAAAAUUGAUUUCUUUCAAAGGCCAACUACUCUUGGUGGGACUAUUGAAGCAUCACUAAUAGCAAAUGUUUUGGCUGGCAGCAUCGCUGGCUUUGUUUCAAAAACGAUGAUAUAUCCUUUUGAUGUUGUGAAAAAGCGACUACAAAUUCAAGGUUUUCAGGAGCACAGAAAGGCAUUUGGCCGGCAAAUGUAUUGUAAGGGUUCAAUACAUUGUAUAUGGUUGACAAUUACAAAGGAAGGUUUUCUAGCAUUAUACAAAGGUUUAGGCCCCAGUAUAGUAAAAGCAAUCAUUGUUUCAGCAUUACAUUUUACAGUAUAUGAUGAAAUAAAAAACCAAUUAAUAAGGAAAUAG